UUCCUGCUUGCAGCACACGCGCAAUCAGCGAUCUCUAAGCGAUCGUAGCCUCCUCCACAUCAGAAGCGUGCAUCAGCAUUUCCCCCAAGCACCUCACGAUUAAAGACAAGAGUGAUGAGCAGCAAGACCGGUAGCGACACGCCCACCAACAGCAACGUGACCGCCAAGGCCUCCACCACCUCUCAUUCCGGAAGCAGCAAGCCUCAGCCCUUCAACUACGCAGCGGCAGCAGCCAAAUCAAAGCAGACGGCAGCGCCAGUAGUGGUGGCAGCAGGUUCUAGCAAUGAUGCGGCAGGAAGCACAGCGAACACUGGCGCUUCCGCUUCGGUGGCACAGGUGAAUGGCUCGGCGGCCGUCAAUGGCGUGUUCGCCAAGCCAGGGGAGGUGAACGGAGCGGAUGCGCAGCAGCGAGGUCAGUCGGCUGUCAGCAUCCCCAAGGCAGCGAACACUGCCCUUCGGACUGCAGCUAGCAUCAACUUUGGCUCUGUGCAAGACGCCGAGGCCACGCUUUCCGUGUCUCCCGCACAGCCUCCGGUGACGGGGCACAUCGGCAAACCUGCAGCAUUCGGAUCCGUCAAUGCGAUGAGCACUUCCAACGUAGGCAAGGACAAGGGCCUGGUGAUCGGCACUAAGGAGAAUGCGACUACUCCUGCUGCUCCUAAGCCCAAGAUGGACUUCCAGAAGCUGUUCCAGAACCCCGCCUCUCAGCAGCCCUCUGCACUGUCGGGUACGCAAGCAACACCGGCAGCUUCUACCGCUGCCACUCCAGACGCGGCUUCGACUCCAGGUAGCAGUCUGCCUUCGGCUAGCAACUCGCCCGUCGUCGCAAACGCGAGCAUGCGGUCGCCACCAUCGCAACAGCAACAUCUCUCUUCGAGUUCGCGCUUGCCAGGCGCUCCGCCGGUCGCCGCCGCCGGUCAGCCCUCUGCUCUGCGACCUCCCGGCCAGAGCCGGGACUUCCAGCCGGGUCAACGAAAUCCUUCCGGUGGCCAACCUCCGUACGGUAGCCGCAUGCAAGCAGGUCCAGCUCAGGGCGUGCCACCGCAGUACGCCGGCUAUGCGGUGUACCAUGGUGGCUCCGCGAACGGACUACGGUCGCCGAGCAUGAUGCAGAUGUACCCCAUGCCUCAACCGUUCCCGGGCUAUAACCCAUAUAUGCAGCAGCAGCAGCAACCGCCGCCACCGCAGCCACAGCAGUUCCCGGGAUCCCCAGCGCACUGGGCGCCACCAUCGCCGCGGCCGCCAGUAGGUGCCACACAAGGAGCAGGGCAACCUGGUCUUGGAGGUGCUGCGCAACAGCAAGGUGGUGCUGCGCGGCCUCCGCAGUCGCCGGCACCGAGUAUGGCAAGUCUAGCUUCACCUCCACCUCAACAAGCUGGCUUCCCAUCCGUUGCAGGAGUUCGCCCGGGCCAUAUACAUACGCCCAGCGGCUCAUUCGCCGGUAGCCAUUCGGCGCAGUCAUCGAUCAGCAGUGUCAGUGCCGGUGCACCGGCGUUCUUGCCAAGGGCGAAUUCUGCGAUCAAGAUAGUUGACCCCCUCACGAACCAGGUGGUCAAUGCCAAGGUCGCCAAUCCUAAGCCUGCCGCAUCCACAGCUUCUUCUUCGAGACCCAGCACGCCUGGCUUGACCGCCCCGUCCGCUCCUGCCGGCCAGCCCGCCACACCAGAUGCAGCGCCGGCGUCCCCUUCACCUUCGCCGAGCGUAACGUCGUUUGCUGCUCCCAGCAAGAUCCAGACGCAGCAAAGCUUCAUACGGGCAGUCAAUGAGCUGAAGAAGGCGUCGGAUGAGAAGAAGCUGAAGGAGGAAGAAGAGGCGCGCAAGAAGCGAGAGGAGGAGGCUGCAGCCAAGAAAAAGGAAGAGGAGGAAGCGGCAGCGGCAGCGCAAAAGAAGGAGGAGGAAGAACGAGCCAAGCUCGAGGAAGAAGAGAAGAAGCGCAAGCAGCAAGAAGCGGAAGAGCGACGUAAGCGCGAAGAGGAAGAGCGGCUCAAAAAGGAAGAGGACGAGCGCAAGGCUGCUACGGAAGCCAAGCGCAAGGCUGAAGAAGUAGCUGCUAAGGCACAGGCGGAACGGGAGGAGCGCGAAGCCAAGGAGGCGGCAGAGAGUCAAGCUGAAGCCAAGGAUGCUGAAGAGAAGGCAAAGCGGCCAGCUCCUGUGCCGAUCGACACCAGCCUCGACGAGAUGGCAAGUAGGGUUGGCAAGAGCUCUGUCGCUGACGUCGAGCGGAUGGCCAGGGAAGCUUCGUCCGUCCCCUCGACCCCACUUCUCAGUAUCCCGCCCACUCCACGGACACCUGGCACGCCUGGCUUUGCUAGCCUGCCGGCCAAGCCGCAAGUGCAGCCCUCUUCGAGCAGUAUCAAGCUCGAUACUACAGAGCUCGAGAAGCGUCGGCGGCCAGACAAGCUGGAUCUCACCAGCACGCCCAAAGGCGUUACUUCCGACACACCUAUGUCCGCCGCCCUUCAAGCUCUCGGCUCAGCGAACCGUAUUGAGGACCUAAGCAAGGUGCAGUACCCAUCCUCCAUCAAGUCACCGCGGCCGGAUCUCAACGACGAGUCUGGCGAGGGUCGCUUCCGAUAUGAUCGCGAGUUCCUCUUGCAGUUCAUGGGCGUCUUCAAGGAGAAGCCACGGGAGUUGCCGCCAUUGGGUGACAUCGGUAUGGAACCGGGCCGUGGUUCCACCUUCGGCAAGCGUGCUCCGGGCAUCGGCGGCGGUGCCGCUCCUGGACGUGGGCCAGCAACAGGUCUCGGGAUCGGUGUCGGAGGCGGCUCCGCUUUCGGUAAGCCCCCGGCCAAGAGCAGCGAGGAACGAUUUGCACAGUCAACCGCUGGUUCACGUGGUAGCGGCAUGGGCAACUUUGGCGGGCCUAUGGGCGCCUUCCAGAUGGGUCGGGGCACGCAGCCGCUCUCACGUGGUGGUAGCGGCAGCGGCGCUAUUCCUUCGCGCGAAAUGAUGGGUCGCACCAGCAGCAAGCGAGGCGGCCGCAAGCCGGACGGCGCUCCAGGGCGUGGUCCAUACAACCCACCAGAGAAGGGUGGUCCGACGAUUCUUCUGUCUGAAGUCAUGCCUCUGGAGAAAUCGGCCAACCGCUGGGCGCCGCAAGUCCAGACCGGAAAGGGUGCAGGGCUCAAAGCAGACUCGCCCGAAAUGGUGCAGAGGAAGGUCAAAGCGCUGCUGAACAAGCUCACUCUCGACAACUUUGAUUCCAUCGCUGGUCAGAUUCUGGCGUGGGCCAACAAGUCAGUCGACGAGACCGACGGGCGGACUUUGCGACAGGUCAUUGCACUCAUCUUCGAAAAGGCCACGGACGAAGCUGCCUUCUCCACAAUGUACGCCAAGCUCUGCGCAACUCUGCAAUCGGAGCUCAAACCAGAGGUCAAGGAUGUCAACCUCACUUUACCCGACGGUACUCCGGUGUCUGGUGGUGCAUUGUUCCGCAAGUAUCUUCUGAACAGGUGCCAAGAGGAUUUCGAGCGUGGGUGGGCGCACCGUGACGCUACGGCAGCUGCUGCCAAGAGCAAAGAGGCGGACGAUCGUGCGAAGAAGGAGAGCAACGAGAAGUCAGAAGGGGAGGCCAAGGAAGCCGAAGAAAAAGGCGACGUGGCCCCUGAAAACAAAGAGGCCGAGUUGCUCUCAGACGAGUACUACGCGGCACAGAAGGCAAAGCGAAGGGGUCUUGGUCUUGUUCGCUUCAUUGGUGAGCUCUUCAAGCUCAGCAUGAUUUCAGACAGGAUCAUGCAUGUGUGCGUCAAGCAAUUGCUGCAUGACGUGGAAGAGCCUGAAGAGGAAGACAUCGAAUCUGUUUGCAAGUUGCUCACCACCGUGGGCAAGCUGCUCGAUGGGCACGAAAGGGGCCGUCCCCUUAUGGAGAUUUACUUUGACCGCAUGACAACAAUGGCGUCCAACCCGAAACUCAAUUCGAGAAUUAGAUUCAUGAUUUUGGAUAUCAUCGAGCUCCGAAAAGCGAACUGGGUUCCGAGACACGACAACAGCGGCCCUAAGACGAUCGCAGACGUUCACCGGGAAGCUGCCAAGCAGAAGAUCGAACAAGAUCGCGAAGCCGCCUUGCGCGCAGCGCGAGGCGGGCCCAUGUCGCGCGGUGGGUCGCGCAGAGGCCAGACGCGAGACAGCCCUGAUGGCUGGAACACCAUCGGUCAAGCCCCGCCGCCUAUGUUGCGACCAACUGACCUAUCCAAGUUUGGCAAGGGGAUCAACCGCGGAGGGCCGACCAACAUUGGCUCUGGCCCUCAGAGCGUCUUCUCUAAGAAAGGCGGCAAAGGCACUGGGUCAGAAGAAGGUAGCAACCCUCCGACACGCACCAAUUCAUCUUCCAAUAUCUUCGCUUUGCUCAGCAAGGACGCCGAACCGGAGGAGCCGCAGCGUCCCAAGCUCAAGCUGCAGCCCCGCACCAAACCCCUCCCUGGCGAUGACGAAAAGGAACCCGAGGGAGCUGAUGAGGAGGCUGAAGAGGGAGAGGAUGAGGAAGAAGAGUUGGCGAUUGCAGAAAUUAGCGACGAACAGGCGAAGACAAAAAUUGACAACAAUGUCAAGGAGUUCCUUGAAGUCAAGAACAUCGAGGAGGGAAAGAGCUCUAUCGAGGCACUUCCCGUGAGCCGCCGGCCGGACUUUAUCAAGGCGAUCGCCGCGGCAGCCAUGGAUAAGAACGAUGCCGUCGUACAGCUGGUCGCUCAGUUGUUUGGCGCAUUGAAGUCAGCUGACAUCGUGGACGAUGACAUGAUUGUCAAAGGCUUCAAAGACCACGUCGACUAUCUCGAUGACACGAGCAUCGAUGUGCCGAACGCCUACGCGUUCGCCGCAAACAUGCUUGUCGGGUCGGGCCUUCCAAAGGAACGGAUCGAGGCCAUGACAAAGACAAUGGAGGGCGAAGGUAUCAAGACACCUCGGGAGCGUCUCAUGGAGAAGGUCGAGGCGUUGCUUUGACCGCAGCUUCACCAUCCACUGACUCAGCGCAAGUAGGCGCUUCCGCACCCUCCUGGGUCGCAGCACCAGAAAGGAGGGCCGCUGGGUUGGGUUGCAUUUUGAAAUGCUUCUUGAAGAUACCUUUGCACAUGCUCAACGGCUCCAGCUGGAUGACUCUUUGUGUCUUAUCAUCGCACACCCUUGGGGCUCCAUGUGCAUCCCGUAUGUUCCCAUCAUCAAAAUUUGCAAUAUAUGCAAUCAUCAACAUAGC